AUGGUGAUCUUAACACCUGAACAACACCAGUGGUGGCAGAGUAUCCCUCAGCGCCUCCGGGAGAGACAACAGGGACGUCAAAGGCAACGACAGCAGCAGCAAGAUCAACAACUCCAGCAGCAAGGACAACAGCACCUGCAGCAAGAAAAACAGCACCUGCAACAACAACAACAGCAGCUGCUGCAAGAACGACAGCAACUGCUGCAAGAACGAAAGAACCUGCAGCAAGAACAGCAGCACCUCCAGCAACAACAACAGCAGCUGCUGCAAGAACAAAUGCACCUGCAGCAAGAACAACAGCACCUGCUGCAAGACAAAGAGCACCUUCAGCGAGAGCAACAGUGCCUGCAGCAAGAACAGCAGCAGCAGCGAGUACAACAGCGAGCACAACAGUGCCAAUGCCAGCAGGCAGAGGAACAUUACCAGCAGCGACGGCAACUGCGAAAGCAACAGUGCCAGCAGCGACAGCAACGGCAAGAACAACAGUGUCAGCAGGGAGAAAAAAAGUGUCAAUACCAGCUGCUAGAACAACAGCGCCAGGAGCGACAGGAGCUGCGAGACCUACAGCGCCAACAGCAAGAACAACAGUGCGGCUUGCAUUGGCACUGCCAAUCCCUUGAGCUAGAACAACAUUACCAGCAGCGACAGCAACUGCGAGACCAACAGUACCAGCAGCGACUGCAACAGCGAGAACAACAGCAUCAUCAGUUGUUUGAACUACAGCGUCAGCAGGGAGGCAAAAAGUGCCAAUGCCAGCUGCUAGAACAACAGCUCCAGCAGCGACAGGAACUCCAAGACGAACAGUACCAGCAGCGAGAGCAACAGCGAGAACAACAACGUCACCAGCGAGAACCACAGUGCCAAUGUCAGCUGCUAGAACAACAGCAGCAGCAGCACGAACCACAGCAAGAACAACAGCCACAGCAGAUAGAACCACGCCCGAGCGAACAACGGAUAAAGGAACAAUGGCUCCAUCAGGAAUCAGUUACAUGUCUGGAGCACCGCAUAUUCAUCGAACUGGGGGCCCUACAGCGGCAAGAACAACAGCAACAUCAGCAAGAACAGCAGCAAAUCAAACAGCAACAACAGCAACAACAGCAGCAGAACGAGGAUGGUCGAUCGUGGCUGCAACAGUAGGUGAGCCAGGAUGGCCAACCGGAGCACCGACGGGGGCUGCAACAGGUUUCAACAACUGAGGAAUACCAGCGGCUGCGGCAGAGGAGCCAUAAGGCUAUCCAGGGUGCUCAAUAUCAAUGAUGUGCCGUUCCCUACUAUGGGCACGUGGGUGUUGUGUCUCCACGUGGCUAGAUUGCAGUAACUUACUUGUGUUGUCUUUCAUUCAGUUAUCUUCCACAAACGGACUUUGUAUUAUUUAAUAUCUUCCUUUCUGGCCUCAGCUGAUUAAAUCUUACUUGGUAACGUUGGCUCUUAUGCAUUUAUUGCAAGGUAUUGCACGGUAGAUAGACACUGACCUUUGUGGCAUGAUAAGGAGAGUAGUGCUAUCCUGGUACUGCGACAUAGUAGUGAUACGCAUCAACUACUACUAGUUGGCGUUUGUGGCUUUUUCAGUUUGGGCUGGUAUGCCCAGCAAUCAAGAGCGAACUUGCCAGAUGUACUCUCUCUCUGUGUCUUAGGGUGUGAUUAUAUGUACAGCCCCAGGAAUUUGAGGCGGCAGCUUUCUCUCUCUCUCUUGGUUGUUUAGUCUCUCUUAUCGUGUCUUGGUCAGAC